UGGGAGAAUUUGUGAUGGCGGUGUUGAAGAUGUCUCGAUGUAAAGAAACCACCUGCCGAAUUUUGAAUAUUUAUGAAUAUUAGUGGUUAUGCGAACGUAUUGUUAACUAAUAUAGAUAUUGAAUAAAAUGAAGAGUGCGAAUAUUCAUACGUUUUUAUAUGUGCUCAUUCAUGUUAUAUACACGAUUUUUGAGUGGCUUUAUGGUGCCCUAGUGAUAUGUUUCAAUUUUUGUCACGAGUUUCUUCCCACUACUGACAAAAGUAAAUAUUUUCGAGAGGAGCUACAGAAAAUAACUAAAAAACCCACUCAUUUGACUGUAAUUUUUGGUGCAGAAGAGCCCCCAUUCAAAGAGCUAACUAACCUAAUUCUUUGGUGUCUUGCCACUCAAAUAUCCUUUAUCAGUUUCUAUGACUACAAAGGGAACUUGAAAAAACAUGAGGAACAGUUGCAAUAUGAAGUGGGUCUACAGAAGAAUGAAACUGAUCACAUAACAUGGCACAGCAACCCAAAAAUAGUGCACAAAAAUGGUUAUUUGGGAAGGAGUAUACACGUCAAAAUAAUCACCAAGGAAGACGGCAAAAACAGUAUUGUGAAUCUAACCAAAAAACUUGCAGUUUUCAAAAACAAAGAUUUUAGCAUAGAAAAUUUCAGUGAAAUGCUUUUAGCACAGUAUGAAUUUCCAGAUCCAGAUGUAGGCCUAGUGUGUGGCCAAACUAUAAGACUUUAUGAUUAUCCUCCCUGGCAAAUGAGAAUUACUGAGUUUUUCAAACUAGGUAGCAUUCAGGGCAUCACAUUCCCCAAAUUUCUUGAAGUUCUAGUCAGAUAUAGUAAAUGUGAACAACGACUGGGAAAAUAAUUGUAAAUAUAUAUAUAUUUAUUCAUUCUUAGUAAUCUUUUACUUACUCCAGAUGAUGAAACAUUGCAUCAUAUUACUUAUUCCAAUUCAAAAAUGUGUAAGGG